AUGCGUCGCAGCCGUGGUGCUGUCACUAACUCGGACGGCGAUCCACCACCGUAUUCACUGCCACAUAUCAACGAAAUCAGUGGUCAUGAUGACUGGACCACCGCCAAAGACCGCACGAUGAAAAAGCGCAUACAGAACCGUGUUGCGCAAAGAACUUACCGCCGGCGCGUGAAAGACCGGAUGGCCGACCUUCAGGCGAAGCUUGACAAUUGCGAAAGAAAGCUUCGAUCAAGGGAGAACGAUUACCACGACGGCGGUGAAGGGAGCCCAGGGUCACCUAUGCAGAGGCCAGACUCUUUGCGCUCGACCUCACCUGUCGAGUGGCCGGCCGAAGCACGCUCUCCUCCUGCGGACGGUACCUCAUCUUCAAUCGGUGGUACAGCGACUACGAAAAGCGUCGAACCAGAGGUCUUCGAGUUUUCCAAUCCUAUAUUAUCAGAGAAAGGCGACAGAAGCAAUGGCACAGAGAAUGACGGUGAGGCAGUCUUCUCAUCGCCAGCUACUAGAUACGCUAAAGACAAAGAGGCCUCUCGACCGGUAUGUUGUGGAACAGAUGUGACCAGCAGCCAAUCUGAUUGCUUUGCACUUGGAAAUGACAGUAGCCUUGCGUCCUACUUGAGCUCCGAAGAUUUCAGUUCCUGGGAGUCUAGCAUUCUUACUAGUCCAUUGCAAGAGGUUCCGUGGACAGACGGCAUACGGCCGGAUGAGCAGAGAGGUGGCCAGUCGAGCAAUCUGAUGCUACAUGACGCGUGCACUCCAACAUCUAUUUCAUGUGAUGAAGCGCCGCGUCUCCCCAGCAACUCAGCGGGCAUGGAUGUGGACGAACGCUUCAGGGGUAUUCUAUCGUACCUAGAAACGAUGGGUUUCGAAAAUUUCGACGAUGUCGUUCGUACAUACUAUGGUCAACAUUUUGGAGAAGAAUCGUUUCUCUGUAACGAGCAACGCUUAAGCCGCAACAGGAGGCUGCCCGGCGUAAUUGCUAGUGUCUUCGGUGCCGCAACGAAAUGGAGUACCUGGGAGCGCAGGGGAUUUUAUGAGGAAAUAUUGAAAGCCACAGAGUCAAUGUUGAUAUCAGAGAGCUUGGAAGCUCAGGAUGAUCUUCAAAUGAAGGCUGCCCGCGUUAUGGAGGCUCCGAGGAGUACUCUACCCCGUACAGCUUCAGCAGUCUCACCCUUGAAAAAGAGCGUUACAAGCAAGUUGCCUAAUCUCUGGGCAUUAAUGAUGACGCUGGCGGCGUCCACCAACCCUGUAAGGAACAAAGACCACUCUGGUAAAGCACUUGCAACCCUUCUUCUCCUUCAGUGCGCCGGCCGCAUGGAGAAAACUAAGGUCCUUGAAUUGGUAGGCCUCUGUUUAUGA